UAGACCACUUUACUAUUACGAUACAUCCAUGAGCCACGCAGGUUUGGAUUUUCAAAGAUGUUCUGUAGAUGGCGACAAAGCAUCAAGUUGGGAUGUAAACCGCCGUUAAAAACUAGGAAAAAGAAGAAGCCAAAGUUAUGACCGGAAGUCUCCUAUUUCUGGCUCAUGCUGUCGAGGAAGCCUGCUGUUCACAGACGCAUUAACCAUUUCCUCCUUGAGAUACCAGAGAUGAAAAAACAAGACACGGACGAGUCAGCCACCCUGGGCGGUGAAUAUGCUCCACCUAAUGUUACAGCAGCAGGGAUGGAGUCACCUGCAGCUGUAAAAGACAGCAACAGCCCCAAGGAGUCUGAACCACAGACACAGACAGACACACCACCACAGACAGACACGUCUCCACAGACAGACACGUCUCCACAGACAGACACGUCUCCACAGACAGACACGUCUCCACAAGGCGAGGAGGCGGGAAGUGAAGUUGCAGAGGCAGCACUUUCUCGUGACAUGGCUGAGGCGCUGAGCCGGCAGCUGGAGGACAUCCUCAGCAUCUAUUGUCGGGAAACCAUUUCAGACAACGCCAGCACCGUGCCCAAUGGCCAGUCGCAUAGCCCAGAGCUCAAUGGCCUGGCCAAUGAGAGGGAGGACGGCAAGCCAGAGGGCAAAGUCAAUGGAGCUGGCAACGGAGUGGAGAAAGAGCAGAAGAAGACUCAGGAUAAGAAGAAAGUGAAGGGUCUGGGCAAAGAGAUCACUCUUCUAAUGCAGACUCUGAACACACUGAGCACCCCGGAGGAAAAGCUUACAGGCCUCUGUAGGAAGUAUGCUGAACUGCUGGAAGAGCACCGUAACACCCAGAAGCAGAUGCGAGUGCUGCAGAAGAAGCAGAACCAGGUGGUCCAGGAGAAAGACAACCUUAGGAACGAACACAGCAAGGCCAUCCUGGCUCGCAGCAAGCUCGAGAGUCUCUGCAGGGAGCUACAGAGACACAACCGCACACUCAAGGAGGAGGGGAUUCAAAGAACGCGUCUGGAGGAAGACAAAAGGAAGGAAGUGACCUCCCAUUUCCAGGUGACCCUGAACGACAUCCAGGCACAGAUGGAGCAGCACAACGAGAGGAAUGCCAGUCUCCGACAAGAGAACACAGAGCUGGCUGAGAAACUAAAGAAGCUCUAUGAACAGUACAAACUACGAGAAGAGCACAUAGACAAAGUGGUGAAGCACAAAGACCUGCAGCAACAGCUGGUGGACGCCAAGCUGCAACAGGCUCAGGAGCUGCUGAAGGAGUCGGAGGAACGCCACGACCGCGAGAAACACUUUCUGCUGAAAGAAGCUGUGGAGUCUCAAAGGAUGUGUGAGCUGAUGAAGCAGCAGGAAGUUCACCUCAAACAGCAGCUGUCCCUCUACACAGAGAAGUUUGAAGAGUUUCAGACCACUUUGUCCAAGAGCAAUGAGGUCUUCACCACAUUCAAACAGGAGAUGGAGAAGAUGACUAAAAAGAUCAAGAAGCUGGAGAAGGAGACGGCCAUGUAUCGGUCCAGGUGGGAGAGCAGCAACAAGGCUCUUCUGGAGAUGGCAGAAGAGAAAUCUACGCGGGACCGCGAGUUUGAGGCACUUCAGGGUAAAGUCCAGCGGCUCGAGAAGCUGCGGCGGGCACUAAAAGUGGAACGCAACGAGCUCAACAAGAAGGUUCAGAACCUCAGCGGUCGGGACGGUGUUACGGCAGGGGCCUCCGACCAAGUGACCGACUCCCCCUCUCCUCCACCUACAGACUCUUUACUGGAGCCCAGCAGCCACCUGGUCCCGGACACCGCCCCCUGCUCCCAGUCCUGCCACUGUGACCCACAACUGGACACAGACGCCCUACUAGAAGAGGCAAAGGCUCUGUCCGUCGCUGCACAGGAAUGAAGCGACGCUGCUCACAGUCUCCUCUUUCCCCUCCAGCCACCUAACGAUAAGCCACCAGCCUGCAAGCCACUACUCCUCUGCCGGAUGAAGCUGAUUUAGAUAGCAAGGUCAACUUGUGUCCUCCCAGCAUGCUCUGCAGGCUUUAUAAAGGUAGUGAGAAGACUGUGCCUCAUCUGUCAGUUCAUUUACAUGCACACCAUAACCCAGUUAUGGUUAAUAACUACAUUAAGGUAAUAGUUUGAUUCAAGCAUUUACAUGCUUUACAAUAACCUAAUUUCCCUCAGUAAUCUGAUGUUCAUGAUUCAUUUAUUGGUCGCGUUCAUUUCCACAGGCCGGCUACAGGAAAUAUAUUAUUAUUAGCAACACAGAGUUUCAAGUUAAUACAUCAUUUCAUUUAUUAGUGUAAAAUUAGCCCAUUUCUGGUGACACUCCAAAAACGUUUUGCACAUGCUGCUAUUUGUAUAGAAACAUGGCUUUCAGUCCAAAACCUGCCCUGAAUCAAAACAUAGGAAGAAAUCAGACUUGAGGGCUAUACAUGUCAGAAUAAUUCAACCUAAACCUUAACUUGACUAAGACGACCAAACAGUCUGUACUAAUGUAAUUACUAGUGUGCAUGUAAAUGCACAGACUGCUCUGUGUUGUGCUGCUUUACUACACAUUCCCUUUUUGAAUGGCAUCAAAAACACAGAACUGCUUGGCAAGAUAAGUAACAGUGCUGCUUGGGAUGACACAAGCCAAGCAGGUUGUGUGUGUGUGUGUGUGCGUGUG